CCAGAGUGAAGAUGAAGCUCACCGGGACACUUCCACUCCUGGUCCUGCUGGCUGUCGCAGGUCUGAGCCGAGCCCAGGUCCAGGCCUCUCCGCUGGAUUUGACCAACAGCAUCGGGAGCAUCAUUCCCAGCCUGAGCCGACCGGCGAACCACAGCCGCAUCUUCUAUGCCGUCAUGUUUGAUGCUGGGAGCACUGGGACACGCAUCCAUGUCUACACCUUCAUCCACAGUGACUCAGAGGAGCUGCCUGUUUUGGACAAUGAGAUGUUCCAUUCCUUAAAGCCGGGUCUGUCAGCAUAUGCUGACUCCCCUGAAAUG